CUAGGGACCCCUCGAAACCUUCGACGUUGACUCACUGCGAAAUUUUGGCGGGGUCUUUUUUUUGGUUUCUAACAUUAACUCGAGAUUCGAUUAAGAUAUCACAAGUCCUUAAUAUCCUUCAGGCACACUCAGCAGACUACAGUCCCCUAGGGCUGUCGCGCUUCGCCAAUAUGAGCAUUAGUUUCCCAAAGACCGAAGAAGAAACCGUCCAGUUCUGGCGAGAAGUUGAUGCGUUUCAAACACAACUGAAGCUCACCGAAGGCCAGAAGCGCUUCACCUUCUACGAUGGCCCGCCCUUUGCAACCGGUCUUCCUCAUUACGGCCACCUUCUAACAUCCACGAUCAAAGACAUUAUUCCUCGGUAUUGGUCUAUGAAGGGCUACCAUGUCAUCCGUCGCUUUGGUUGGGAUACGCAUGGCCUUCCCAUCGAGUACGAGAUUGAUAAGACUUUGGGUGUAUCCGGCCGAGAUGCCGUCUUGAGAAUGGGCAUAGAAAAGUACAAUGCUGAAUGUAGAGCCAUUGUUAUGAGGUACGCAGCAGAAUGGAGGCAGACCAUUGAGCGUCUCGGCCGCUGGAUAGAUUUUGACAACGAUUACAAGUCUAUGGAUGUCAAGUUCAUGGAAUCUUGCUGGUGGGUUUUCAAGCAACUCUACGAUAAGGACCAGGUCUACCGCGCGUACCAGAUUAUGCCCUUUUCCACCGCACUCUGCACCCCGCUGAGCCAUAUGGAAUCUAAGCAAAACGAGAAGACGACACAGGAUCCAGCAGUCCUUAUCGGCUUUCCCGUGAAAGGCAGAGACUCGUCCUUGGUUAUCUAUACUACGACGCCCUGGACGCUGCCUUCUAACCUCUUUAUUGCCGUUCACCCUGACUUCGAAUACGUCGAAAUUCUUGACGAGGACUCCGGCAAACAAUACAUUCUCCUUGAAAGUGGUAUUUCAAUGCUAUACAAGGAGAAGAAGAAGCCAAAAUACAAGGUCGUAGGCAAACUCAAGGGCAAGGACAUGAUUGGUUGGAAGUACGAGCCUUUGUUUCGCUACUUCGCCGAGCAGUUCGCCGACUGUUUCCAGGUCAUAGGUGCCGACUACGUUGAGGCUGACGAAGGUACCGGUCUUGUACACCAGGCUCCCGCUUUCGGCCAAGAAGAUUACGAUGCCGCAGUCGCUGCCGGCUUCAUAAGUCCAAAGCGUUUACCCCCGUGUCCGGUUGAUGACAAGGGUCUCUUUACAGCCGAGAUAACCGAAUAUGCUGGCCAACACGUGAAAUCUGCCGAUAAGGCCAUCAUCAAGGACCUGAAGGAGACUGGUCGUCUACUGCUCGCAACACAAGUGUCCCACGUGGAUAAGUUCUGCUGGCGGUCCGACACGCAACUAAUUAGGAAAGCGGUGUCUUCCUGGUUUAUCCGGGUUACCAACUCUAUACCCGACAUGCUCAGCAAUCUCGAGUCGACUACCUGGGUUCCUUCCUUUGUCAAAGAGAAGCGAUUUGCAAACUGGGUGGCUAACGCACAUGACUGGAAUAUUGCCCGCAACCGCUACUGGGGUACACCGAUUCCAUUAUGGGUUAGCGAGGAUUAUGAGGAAGUUGUCUGCGUGGGAAGUAUUGCCGAACUCAAAGAACUGAGUGGGUAUACCGGCUCGCUAGAAGAUAUCCACCGAGACAAGAUUGAUGGGAUUACAAUUCCCUCUAAAAAAGGAAAGGGGCAACUUCGUCGAAUCGACGAAGUUUUUGAUUGCUGGUUUGAGUCAGGCAGCAUGCCGUAUGCCUCCAACCAUUUUCCAUUUGAGAAUUCCGAGCAGUUUCACAACGGAAACUUCCCAGCUGAUUUCAUUGCUGAAGGACUUGACCAAACCCGUGGUUGGUUUUACACACUUAGCAUCCUAGGAAAUAAGCUUUUUGGCGUCUCCCCAUUCCGGGCGGUGAUUGUAAAUGGUCUAGUUCUAGCAGAGGACGGCAAGAAGAUGUCCAAGAGCUUAAAGAACUACCCAGAUCCCAAAGCUGUAAUCGAUCAAUAUGGCUCCGACGCUUUGCGUCUUUACCUCAUUAACUCUCCAGUCGUCCGCGGCGAGCCUCUGCGCUUCAAGGAGUCGGGAGUUAAGGAGGUGGUAGCAAAGGUGCUGCUGCCUCUGUGGAACAGCUACCGCUUCUUUUACGAACAGGCAGCCCUAUUCAAGAAAACGACUGGCAAUGACUUCGUCGCCCAGUUACCAGAAACAACCAAUGUUAUGGAUCGAUGGAUUCUCGCAGACUGCCAGAGCAUGUUACAGUUUAUUGAUCAAGAGAUGGCCGGCUACCGUCUUUACACUGUCGUGCCGCGUCUACUUCUAGUUAUCGACAACCUAACGAACUGGUAUAUUCGCUUCAACCGGAAGAGACUCAAGGGUGCCGCUGGCUUGGACGUUAAAGACACCAAGGCGGCACUGGAUACGCUAUGCCAAGUGCUAUUCAUAUUGGUUCGGGCCUUAGCACCUUUCACCCCUUUCAUUACUGAGCAUAUCUACCGUCUCCUGCAGCCGUACCUUGGUAACGCUCUUUCGGGUUAUUCCAAUUCCAAGAGUGUGCACUUCCUUACCUUCCCGACUGUACAAGAGUCACUCUUCGACGAGGUAAUCCAAAGAAAGGUGUCUGCCAUGCAAAAAGUAAUCCAGCUCGCAAGAACGGCGCGCGAGCGUAAAACUAUCCCACUGAAGACGCCCUUGCUCACUCUUGUUAUUAUCGCUGACGAACAGCAACUUAGCGAUAUUGAGGAGCUGCAAACAUACGUCAAGGAAGAGCUCAAUAUUCGAGACGUAGUUUUGACGAAUGACGAGGAACGAUACGGCAUUCACCUCGAGGCCCGGGUAGAUUGGCCUAUUCUAGGCAAGAAGCUAAAGCGCGAUGCCCAGGUCGUGCGUAAAGCGCUACCAGACCUCACACAGGAGCAACUCAGACAGUAUUUGAAAGAGCAAAAGAUAACCAUCAAGGGUAUUGAGCUCGAGGGCAACGAUCUCAGCAUUGUGCGGGCUAUAGCUAAGGAUAACCCAAAUAUUGUAAAAGAUGAAGGUGUGCAAUACGAACCUGCCUUCUUGGAGGACAUGAUUAUUCUCUUGGAUACGGCAUCGCACCCGGAGCUCAUUGACGAUGGAAUCGCCCGAGAUGUGAUGACUCGUGUGCAAAAAAUGCGGAAGACGGCCGGGCUUGUCCCAACUGAUGACGUUCGCAUGCAAUAUAGCGUUGUUUCGAACCCCGACGGUAUUCAAUUCGAUACGUUAGUAUCCUCCCGACGCUCUCAGUUUGAGAGCACUGUACGUGGACCAUUGGAGCCAAUUGCGUCCGAAGGACCAGCAGAGACGGUUAUAUUAGAGGAGGAGCAUGUUCUCAGCAAUCUAACCCUUUUGCUAAGAUUGUGCCGGCUUUAAUUAGGUAGAUUGCAUAGUGAAGUUAUAGAAUCAGCCGGGCCCUAUGAUCCCUGAGGCUUGAUGGAACAUAGAAGAGAGAGAGAGAAAAAAAGUUGAGCUUAAGAGCCUAUAGAGGUACUGAGAUAGGCAUUGUGAUAUCAGCUGGAAGUGACCACAAUAAAAUUGCCCUCCUUAUCGAAGUAACGUGUUUUUCUUUAAUUUUUAAUUUAUUUAUUUAGGAUUUCCGCAAGCUGGUAAUCUCGCUGAACGUAGUAUUGUAGCCGUAUCCGUAAAUCGCUA